AUGAAAGCGCUCAUGCCUUUCUACAUGUCCACCUGUCUGUUCGCAAUAUCUGUCCUUUUUAACAACUCCUCGUUUUACCUCCUCCCGUGUGAUGCCUUUCCAUUUGGGGUUUCCGAAAAUAAAUACAUUCAGGCUUUUCCCGAGUUUCACCUAUUUUACGAGUAUGUGGACAUCAGAAGUGAUGACUACCCCUCCGAGUUCAGCGAUGUGCAGAAGGAAGGGAAGAGAAGCAGAAAAAUACUAUUCCAGUCCGAUAAAAUAGCCAUUUAUAACAAUUACGGAGUUAGUAGUGAUGCAAAUUACGAGGAGGAUUGUGAAAAUAAUUAUGAGAAGAAUGGUGUACACAAUUACGUAGAGCAUUAUCCUGAGGGGAGUCGUAGAAACUGUAUCCGUACGGAUGGGAAAGGAAUCCCAAUCGAAGUAUUCCAGAACAGGUGUGCUGCAGUGGGGUUAAGAAUUUCUGAGAGCCUGAGUCAGAUGUUCAGUUGGUGCCUCCCAGGUUGUUUCAACAUUGGGAAUGGAUUUGAAACUAUCCAUCAUUUUGGUUUCCCCGAUGCCUACUGGUUUGGUGGAAAUCGAAUUCUCACGUGUACAGACCACUGCGGUCCCCCUAAGCUGGAAAGGCAACUCAGUAAUGGUAGCGAUGCGUGGAGUAAGGACAGCGCAGAGGUCGAGCAUUCCCCUUCUAACCAGCUGUGCCAAAAUAGCAACCUGAACCUUAUUCAAGAAAUUUACGAAUACGAGAUUUACCCAUUUCUGAAAGGACUCCUAACGAAGAACUUGAGCAGAAGAUCCCCUGAUGUUAUAAACAAAUCAGAGACCUAUAUUUCGGACUGCACAGAAGGGGGUUCCUCCCAGAGAAGAGAAAACAUUGAAGUAGGAGAACAGAUGGUGUUGUACCACUCCUCCCAUGAUCAUCAUCGAAACGAUAUUUUGAAUCAGUCCAAACGGAUCAACAGGAAAAAAAAGAAGAAGCAUAAAAAAAGGGGGAAGGAAAAGAAGUUCGAUGGGAUGGCAAAUACUCAAGAAAGAGGAAAUAAUUCUGACUUAGAACAAAAUGAAGAUAAAAAUGAUCUCCACAUUUAUGCAGAAAUAAAUUACGUUUACAGCAUAAAGAAGAAGGUGCUGCGUAACUUCGCCUUCGCAAAUAUUUUAAAGAAAUACAUUCAGUACAAAUAUCAUUCCAACGGACUGAUCAAGGUGGGAGAAGAUGGGGGAUAUCCUCGCCACCCCGAGGGGAAGGCAAAGAGCCGCUUCACCCCCUUUCUAGAACACCAUUACGGGAAAAGCAGCACGAGUGAAAAAAGUGGGCAGAAAAAAUGUAGCCACAAAGGUCGCAUCUGCUUUAUUAAUAAAAAGGCCAUUAUCAUCCUGGAUCAUUUAAAAAAAGAAACCUCCUAUCUGGUCGUCUCCUACGUAAUCGAGGAAGAAACGACUCAGCUGUUAAACUUCACGGAGUAUUUUGUUCCCCUGAAGGUCCCUGUAUACACGCGAAGUUUUAUGGAUGAAACCCCCCAGGAGGGAAAUAACCCCAAACAGUACGAACAGAUCGAUGGGUAUAUUUCCCCCAACUGGGACAAGCUUCAUCGGAAUGAGCUUCACAUGAAUGAGCUUCACAUGAAUGAGCUGCAUCGGAAUGAGCUACAUCGGAAUGAGCUGCAUCGGAAUGAGCUGCAUCAGAAGGACAUUUGCUACUAUAGCUAUGGAGACAACUGUAUGGAAUAUUUAAAGAAUCUCUUUUUAAAAACAUGCAAAGUGUACAGUGGUCUGUUCCAGGGUGGGAAGUUAAACGGCGAAGGGGGCAGUCGGGGGGGGUCCACGGGAAGAGAAGAUGAUCCCGCGCAGGGGCUGCACGUCGAUAAGGCGUGGGAGCCACGCAGAAGCGGAGCAGACGACGCCAUCAACGUCAGCAAUGCCAGUAACGCUAGUAACUCCAGCAACGCCAGUAACGCUAGUAACUCCAGCAACGCCGGCUAUGGAAACACCUCCAGAAACUUCGUUAACCACGCUAACAGCGCGCACCGCGCGGAAUACAUUGUGAGCACGUACGCGGGGUCGGACGGCGGGUACCACUACUACCUGAUCAACUACAACAACCAGAACUACAUCUUCGAGGUGAGCGCUAACUCAGACUUGUAUGGCAGCCCGUUCACCAAAAAUAAAAGAAACAGAGAACACUUGACAGACACAGAAAAGGCGAUAAUAAAAAAUAUGCAGAAAUACAUGAAGGAAGGAAACAAUUUCUCCGUGUACAUUGACCACGUGCCUCCCCCACAAGUUAAUAACAAUGGCUGUAACAAAUUUAACACCAUAAAAUGGGCACUGAUUCUCUUUUUCAUACCAGCAUGGUUAUUACUAAACGUGGUCUACAUUGUGUAUGUGCAGAAUGUAUGGAGACAGAUGUUGAACCCAUUAUAUAGACUGAUGUUAUCUCCUUCCAUCAUUCGACUCGCAUCUUACAUCAUGCUGUUACUUUUCUGCAUGAUGCAGUACCCCUACAGAAAUAGCCGAUAUGUGGAAUAUACCAUAUUGUCCUAUAUGGCUCUGAACACCAUGUUCAACACAAUCUUUUAUGGCAACCUCAUUCUUAUAAGUAAAGGAUACAUGAUAACAAGGGGGCAAUUUAAUAAAAGAGAUAAGUUAACCCUAACCCUAAUUAUUAGCAGCAUAUACAUUCUAACAUCCUUUAACCAGAUUAAUGUAAUUAAUGAUACUCCGAUAUUGAUUUUUAUCAACAUAAGUUUGCUACUUGUACUUGUUAUGAACAUCAUAUCGAUUCAGAAUUUUUUAAAGUUGAAGCUAUCCUUUGUGAGAAGUGUACGUAUGAUGGAUUCCUGGGAAGAGUCACUAACGAUAAAAUUGAAUAUGUAUAAAUUAUAUCUACUCAUUAUUGUUAGUUUUUUCACCUUGGAAAUUUUAUUGCACUUGAUAAAAUCCAUGUUUAAUUUUUUAACGGGGACUAUUAUCCUGAUCGAGUAUGCCUUUGAGUUGAUUAUGUGGUGUUGUGUGUUGUACGUUUUUAGGCACCGGGGUAAUGUGUUGUACUUUUCUCUACUGUAUGAUAAUUUGACCUUUAAUAUAAUGCCACUUUACGUGGCCAAGACGAGUGACGAUUUGUUGGACACGAUGAAUCAGAGGAAGUGGACUCUCGGGGAUGCACACUUUCCCAUUUUUAUUUUAAACCCACGGGAGCACACCGACCAAAAUUACCUCUCGCGCAUGGCCGUGGGGUGGCCCCUCGUUGUGCACUACGGGAAGAGGUACCUCUGA